UUUGCUUUAGUUUUCCAAAUCAGUUUUUGUAGUUUUUGCGUGUCUAAUGGGAUGUAUCAACAGUACAAAAAAAUUAAACAAUUUAAAAAACGAAAACGUUUUUCGUGCUGUGCGACUGCAUACAGAGUUGACAGAUCAAGGCCGCUCAGGAUUCCUAGAGGUUACACCGAGGGAACUAAUUUUUCGCACGGGAUCUAACCAACGUGUUACAUGGGCUCUACAGCAUCUGCGUAGAUACGGACUCAAUGGCGAUAUUUUUUCAUUUGAGGCCGGCCGUCGUUGUAUGUCCGGACCUGGAAUUUACACAUUUCGAUGUCACCGGGCAGAGCAGUUGUACUAUUUAUUUCAAACUUACAUAAAUGCUGUAUCUUUUGUGACAGAUGAUGCGUUUACAUUUAGCGAACGUGAUCAUGAAUUUGAACAUCCUUCACGUACAAUAGGCCGUCGAGAAAAUGUGCAAAACACAAAUAACUAUUUAGAACCUGCACCGUUAGUAGGUGGAGCCGCUCAAAUGUCGAUUUUACAUCGUACCAGCGCCGCCAGAGAAUCCUUUAGUAGUAGUCCACUAAAUCUAGACUCGCCAGACUCCGCCCCAAGUGUAUCAUUUUCCCCAAAUGAAGUAGUACAUAUACAAAGUCCACACUAUCCCUCCGGUCCUGGUACAUUUGUUAACACACCGACUACUUCUAAUGCAUUUGCCAAUAGCAAUGUUUACUCGAAAUAUCCACUACGGGACCGAGUUGAACACAACAAUAACUUAUCAACAGCAACGAAUGGUGAACCUAAUAAUCUGCUACGUAAAAAUUUGGUGAAACACUCAUCACUUGAUAUUCCACCAGACGAAUUUGCUCCAGUAUUGACGCCACAAUUUGAAGCAAUGCAUAUGUAUGCCAAUGUAGAAAGUUGUACACUUUCAGCCAACAAUUUUGGGUUUUCAACCUUAGGUUUAAGACGUAAUUUAAACCGUGAUCAAGAACGUUGUUAUGAGAAUUUAAAUAGAGAAGAAUUGAAUUUGAUGCUCCCUAAACAAAAUACACCAUCCAAUCUUACUGAAGCUGAAGUGUCCAUUGAUCCUCCGCCGUCUAAACAGGCUACGACAGCAGGAACAAAUGCAGUCAAUUAUAUUGUGCUCGAUUUAGAUCAACCUCGUAGUCCGACGCAAUGUUCCCCCAAGUUACUCAUAGGUAGUGGACUAUCAUUAACAACGGCUGAUGGCACUGAUGGUAGCGUUAAAUCUGGUUCUAAAACAGAAUCAUUUACGGACUCAACACAUUAUAGUGCAGCAUCAGCAUCGAAUGCCAUGAGUAUGGCAACAACAUCGACAACUAACACGACGAAAACAACGAAACAAAAUAGUGAAAGCACUGAGCAUUUGCAAAUUAAAGAAGAGUCAACGCUCGGUUAUUCUACUAUAGAUUUUAUAAAAACCUGCGCACUUAUUAAAUCAUCAACACAUGGUGCAGAUUUCGAUGCAGAACCUGGUAGUGAGGAAUGCAGAAUCACACGACAUAGUAAAUGUGUGCGGAAGGCAUACUCAAUUAGUGAAUAGGAAGUUCCGCACUUGUUCAGAAUUUGGAAGGAUACGCUUCUUGGAUAAAAUAAAAGUGUACCAGCAUUUAGUACAACAUAAUAGAUAUAAGAGGCCUGACGUUGUUUUAAACUUCGCUCUGAGAUUUUUAAUAUCCGUAUGCCUCCAGACAAAGGAUACCGGAGGCAGCAACAGUUCAACUGCAGGAAAAGUUGUUUUCUGAAAAAAAAAAUAUUUUAUAUAUAACCUGUUUUUGUGUUUUUAAAGCUUUCAAACUACAUUUUUAACAUAUAUAUGUAUGUACGUAUAUCAUGUAAUUGUUGUGAUUGAUUCUUUUUUUAUUACAUUGUAAUAUGUACAUACAUAUAUAGACACGUACUUGUAAUUGUACUAUAACGUGCAAUACAAAAAUAUGUUACUAAGCCAAAUCUUGUUAAAAUUUAUUAUAAUUUAAAUUUUUAUUUAUUGUUUUUUAUUUUAAAGACUUAAAUAUUGUACUUAAUUUAAUUUUAUUUGCCUAAAAUGCUAUUUUCAUUUGUGCAAAUAUUUUUGAUAAUUUUAAAGUUACUUAUUAUUAUAGUAGCAAAAUGCCAAAGUACUCAUAAACUCGUUCAUUAAAAAUUAAAAAAAAAAUAUUGAUAUUUCUGUUAUGAUAUAUGUAUUUUUAUAGCAGUGAGAAAUACAUUUACAGCAAUUAUUGAAUGUAUGUAUAUGGAUAUCAUUAAAUGUAAUUAAGGGUGAAUUAAAAAUAAAGCAUAAUUUAAAU